UAAGAAGUUGGCUUGUGUGACGAAAUAGUGGGAUGCUAUUCAUGCGCGCUGCCCGGGGGAAAGGUGUUCCGGUCGGGAAAAAAGCCACAGAGGAAGAAGAAAGGGGGAGGAAGGAAAAAAUUUGGAAAGAAAGAAACUGUACGUUGAACAUUUUAGCGCAGUUUUCCGGCGUAGAGUGCGCAGUGCGUGUUUAUCUACGCGAAUAUGUUUGGGUGAGCGAUACGCGAACUUCCUCCCUUCGACUCGCUGCAGCUGGUUUUUUAUCGUUACACGCUUUUGAAGACUUCCACUUCUGGGGAAUAAUGGUCAUUUUCUUUCAAACUGGACUGGGCAAAGUGGAAAUCCUGCGGGACAACAGGAGGCUUUGAUGUACCUUGUACUUUUCGUUGCUGAGGAAUACACGCUUUUGAGUUUUCGGGUACGGACGGCUCAUUUAUCCGCACAGAGAAACGUUUUCAACUUGCCUUUUUGAAAGCCGCUAGUUGAGACAGAAAGGGGUCGUGGUGUAUCCCAUAACCUGCGUGUUUAACUCCAACACAAUCAAAGGAAACCGCGCUGGAAUUUAUUCAGUAUUUAAACUCCAUUCUAAUUUUUUAAACAAUCGGCAGCGCCGAUUAGAUAAAUCCACAGAGACAAAGAACCAAGUGGCAAUUAAAAGACUUGCAAGUGGUUCCGACAACAGUGGCAGUGGAUCAGUGCUGCGAGACUCAACGUUUGAAUGGAUCCGUUCUGCGAGAGUCGGGGAGCAGAAUUAAAGACUCUUUGAAAAAGUUUUCACACGUUCGUUUGCUCACUGCCGAAGACAAGGCCACAAGUAGCUGCAAAAGGGAACGCAAACAAAUGGAUGAACAUGCUCCUGUUCACACGCAUGUCCAGCAAAUUCAUCACAAGCAAACAGUUUGGAGACAAACCGUUUGUUUUCAAGCCUAACUAGUCCGACAUGUAGCCUGCAGAAAAUGUCAUAGUGUUUUUAUUUAUCUUCAAAGUUAAAUAUUUAUUUUUGUAGCUCAUCCGAAAGUAUUAGUUUUUAACGGUAUUAUUAUUUUGUUAUAACCUUUGGAUGUCACUUAUCUUUUGGUCUGUUAUCUCAUCUGCUGUUAAAACACUUGAAUGAUGCUUGUGCCUACACUGUAUUUCACUGUAUUUAUGUAGUACGCUAUUUAAACCGUAGUUGUUUUUCAGGUGGCAUCUAAGGGAAAUUCAAUUCGUACUUUAUAUUUUAUAUCGUAGUUGAGCAUAUAUUAAAAAAAAACACAAUGGAUCGACUUGGCAGCAAACUCAAGCAGAAGCUCAAACUGAGUGACUCUGGAAGUGUCAAAUUCAGCAAAAAGAAAAAUGACUUGGCCAAUGCGAAUAACAACAGCAAUAGCAACAAUGCCAAUAAUGGGACCGUGACACAGAUCAAUGCACCUGUGAGCACAUCUCAGUUCCCACUCUCAUGUUCGACCUCUGUGGAGGUGUGCGGUCAGUCAGCCGGACGACCUGGCAAAGUGGGCACUUCUCAGAGAAUCGCACCCUCGAAUACCACCUCGGCCACAGUUCCUGAGGAUUGCGGGCCUGGGAGCGAACAUCACCCGUCUACCCUCGCCCCUCUACGGCGCCGGUCGCCCCAACAACGAGCGUCGUGCUACCUACCUGAAACGGUGGAACGGGGCGACUCGCCCAGAUGCGAAGGUGACCCGCAAGGAGCGUACAGCCCGAAUUCUCGUGUGGCCUUAAAGCAAAGGCGCUAUUCCCUGGAGCUCCAGCAGCUCGUUCGCCGCCAACAGCUACUCGCCCAGCCACCUCCGCUGUCGUCCGUACCACCUCCAUACCCGACGCACAGCUCGGCCGCCCGUUCGUCCGCCAUGGAGCCCAGCUUCCUCCAUGACUUAGAGCGCCACAAGCGUUUAUCCCUGCAGGAAGCUCUGUUCUACAAGCGUCUGAGCUCAGGUGGUGAGCCUUGGGACAGUGGGCGCCCCGCUUCCCUCUCUCAUCCACCUCAGAGGACCCAUGACAGUGGCAUAGGGGGGUUCUUCUUCCCACCUGCACCAGCGUUGAGCCCCUGCUCUUCUUUCAGCUUACAAGAGUCUGUGUUGGCAAGCCCUCGCUCCAGUUUUGCGAGCAGUACCGCUAGUGGAGGAGGCGGAGGCGGUGGGAGUCCUAUGGGUAGCCGGUGCAGCAGUAACCGGACCAGCGGCAUCAGUUUGGGCUACGACACCCGCCAUACACCUGGGCCCGCCCAGCAGAUCCAACUUGGCGCUACCACCCCAGGUCAGAUGUACCCUGUGCAGGCGUCGGGGAAAACAGGAGCGCCCCCUAUGGAGGUUUGGAGGGACUGUCUCGAAGGGGUGUCGGGAGGAAGUCCGCACGACAGCCGCCACUCAUAUCCGCCUGCGCUGAGCACACCCACUGCCACCUUCCACCGGGCAGAACCAGACUGGGGUCCCGCUGACCAGCGGGGAUCAAGAGGUGACGGUGUGGGCGAGAGGGCACGACACUCCGACUUGCUAGGAACCAGAUACCAGCAGGAGCUCACCCGCCUGCUAUUGAGAGAUGCUGCCCUGGAAGGAGAAGCGUUACUUGGGGGUCUGACUUUAAAAGAACAACCCGUGUCUACCACCAUCCUACCCAGCUCCGUAUCUACUCCAGCCCCAAUUGGAGCUCCAGGGAAAUCCCUGGAAGAACAGUCGGCUGGAUCUGUGGACAGACAGGAGUACUUCGGAACAUGUGUGAAGUGUGGUAAAGGUGUAUAUGGUGCAGAUAAUGCUUGCCAGGCUCUGGACAGCCUCUAUCACACCCGCUGCUUCACAUGCGUUUCCUGCGGGCGAACUCUCCGCAACAAGGACUUUUACAACGUCAAUGGCUCUGUUUACUGUAAGGAGGAUUACAUGUUCUCAGGCUUCCAGGAGGCAGCUGAGAAGUGCAGUGUUUGUGGUCACCUCAUCUUGGAGCAGAUUCUACAGGCUCUAGGGAACUCUUAUCACCCAGGAUGUUUCCGCUGUACCGUCUGCUCGAAGGCAUUGGAUGGAGUGCCAUUUACAGUAGACUACCUCAACAAUGUCUACUGCGUCUCUGACUACAACAGGACAUUUGCUCCCAAAUGCGCUGCCUGUUUACAACCCAUCUUACCUGCUGAGGGCAGUGAGGAGAUCCUCAGGGUGGUGUCAAUGAACAAAGAUUAUCACUUUGAGUGUUAUCACUGUGAGGAGUGUGGGAAGCAGCUCUCCGACGAGCCUGGAUCUCAAUGCUUCCCUCUGGAUUCCCACCUCCUCUGCCACUCUUGCCACAUGACCAGGGUGUGCGUCACACAUAACCUUCCCCCCUCACAACACACACUGAAAUGAGAACUAAUGUGCCUGACCAACUACUUUGUAUUCUCAUAUGCACACUAGUGACCACUGUAAAUUGUCGUCUUUCUGAUGUCUCUCUCUUCUAUGCCAGCUCUGUUUUCUUGAAGAUGAUAGCGAGAGGGGGAGAAAACACGUUUUCUCUUACUGAGACUUGAGGUCAUAAUACAUUUCAAAUGCAAAUCCCAGUACUGGUACAAACUAUAUCACCCCCUAGUGGCUGGGAAAUGCAGCAACUGAAUCCUGCUGAACAGAAUAUUUCUAUACAAGUUCUCCAAGUUUAAGAUUAUCGUUGCCUGCUUAUUUCAUUACUAGAGGGAGUUGAAUUAUCACAGAACACUGUUUUACUCCCGUAUCUACUGUUUGCUGUAGGGAAAAAACAAGGGAUUUUUUUGCUUAACAUUUUUUCUAUAUUUAAUAUCACUAGCAAAGAUUUUGCACUUAAACAUGUUUACCUAUUAAGAGAUUUUUUUAAAUAAAGUGAUUGCAAAAAGAUUAAAAACAUUCCUGUAUCUGUUUUAAUAAAUAAA